CCCUGAUCUGCUCCCCGCGCUGCCGCCCCGCUCCUCCCGCCGGUUGCCGGCCCCGAUCCACGCUGGAUCCCGCCGCCGACGAGCUACCGAAGCCGUCGCCCCCAGCCCUGCAUCCUCCGGAGCUCCGCCCAGAUCCGGAGCGCCGCCCCCGCGAGCAGCCGCGCCGCCCUGCCUCCUGCGCCUCCCCGCUCUCCCUGCCUCUCCUUGCGCCGCCGCAGCUCGUGCCGACAGCCACCCCCGCCGCGCGCCUCGCGUGCCAGUCCCUCCGGACACCGCAGCCACCUGCUCGCUGAGCACCUCCGCCCUGUCGCGCCCUACAUCGGAUCCAGAUCGACCCGCCGCCGCCCCGGCGUUGACCGCGGGAUACGACGGGAUCCGCACUGCCCUGCUCUAGCAGGCAGCAAUGGUGGCUUCCUCUCCCCCCAUAAAGCCAGAGCCUGCGGUUCUUGGCGUGUUCUUGCCGCUUCCUCGUACGGACGCCAUGGACAUGCCGGGGGAGGACGAGUACGUCUACGGCUACGAGUACGAGUUCGACCUCGAGAACCCCUUCACGAGCCCUGCCGACGAGCCGAUCGCCAGCCUCCUCGACGCCGAGGGCCACCACGCGCCGUUCGUGUCCGCCGCCGCCUUCGCCGUUCGUUGCGACACCGCCCGAUUCAUCUCCAAGGUCCGGUACGACGGCGAGCUUGGCUUGCACCCGCGUGUGGCCUACCUCGCGCAGAACUACGUGGAUCGCUUCCUCUCCAAGGGACAAUUGCCGUUCGAGCGCAAGCCAUGGGCGCCGCGGCUGCUCGCCAUCAGCUCUGUGUCUGGAGCUGCCCUUUCGCUACACCAGCCUCUCGGGGGACCGUUCGGCGCCUCCUUCACCUUCCUGCCCAACCACCACCUGCCCGUCGAUCUGCUCGACUCCUGCAACGGCCUCCUCUUCUAUCGCUGCUACCACGUCUCCCACGCAGUCACCACAGCUCUACCACCGAGGAAAGUCGAGCUUCCACGGGUUGCCAGCAAUGGCAAAGCAAUCGGAUAACGUGACGGCUGUUAUGACUCUGUCUCGCUGUUCUUGGACGGCUGAGGUGAAGUGGUGGCCUCUUCAGGUUCGGUUCCCUCAUUCGACGUAGACUCGGAAGACUCUGUCGGGGUUUUCAGUGAGAGCGAGCUGCCAUUGCUGGUGAUGGCCUUCUGCUGCUCCUCCAGUAUCCUCUGCAAGUAUUUCGCAUGUUCUUCUAUGCGUAGCUGCAAUUGCCUUUGGACCUGGCCAAGAUUAAGCACAAAGACUGUCCGAAAAUCGAUAAUCUCCAGACAAUUUUCCAAGAUGAACUUCGGACAUGUUGUAUAUCUGAAUUCUGACACGCAUUUUUUUUGGAAAAGGAGGUUACACCCCCGGCCUCUGCAAAAUUCUGACACACAUGAUAGUAGUGAAAUGUAUUUUAGAGUUUCUGGCAAGCACCUCUAGCUGUUCAUGGAGCUGUUUCUGAACCUCCAAUUGCAUCCGUAGAGCUUCUCCCAAGUUCCUAAGAAAAGGAGAAGGAAAGAUGUGUAAAUUCUAAGGUCAUGGUGUUUGAUAUGCAUGCACUCCGGUGUAAUAAUUCAGAGAGCUCACUUGUUUUUUAACGGAUAACUUCCACUGCUA